AUGCUCUACGCCACCGGUUUCUCCGACGCAGACAUGAGCAAGGGUCAGGUUGGUGUUGGUUCCGUGUGGUGGUCCGGUAACCCGUGUAACAUGCACCUUCUCGAACUUAACAACUGGUGCACCGACUCCGUCAACAAGGCGGGCCUUAAGGGUAUGCAGUUCAACUCCAUCGGGGUCUCUGACGGUAUCUCCAUGGGUACCGAUGGUAUGAGGUACUCUCUCCAAUCCCGUGAGAUUAUUGCCGAUUCCUUUGAAACCAUCAUGUUGGCCCAGCACUACGAUGCCAACAUUUCCAUCCCGUCCUGUGACAAGAACAUGCCGGGUGUUCUCAUGGCCAUGGGCAGACACAACCGUCCGUCCAUUAUGGUCUACGGUGGCACCAUUCAGGCUGGUAAGUCUACCUGCGGCUCCCCGUUGGUUGACGAAAAGAUCGACGUCGUCUCCUGCUUCCAGGUCUACGGUCAGUACAUCUCUGGCCAGGUUACCGACGAAGUCCGCCAGGACGUUGUCAAGCACGCGUGCCCGGGCCCAGGCUCCUGUGGUGGUAUGUACACCGCCAAUACCAUGGCCUCGGUUGCCGAAGUCAUGGGUAUGACCCUUCCAAACUCUUCUUCGUUCGCGGCCACCUCCAAGGAAAAGAGGAUCGAGUGUGCCGCCGUCGGUGACGCCAUCAAAAACUUGAUUGCGCUCGACCUUACCCCGCGCGAAAUCAUGUCGAAGAAAGCCUUUGAAAACGCCAUUGCGUACGUCAUUGCCACCGGUGGCUCCACCAACGCCGUGUUGCACAUGCUCGCCAUGGCCCACUCUGUCGGUGUCGAGCUCACCAUCGACGAUUUCCAGAGAAUCUCUGACAACACCCCGCUCCUUGCGGACUUCAAGCCUUCCGGUAAGUACGUCAUGGCUGACUUGCAGGCCUACGGUGGUACUACUGCCGUCAUGAAGUACUUGAUGGAGCAGGGCAUCUUGGACGGCUCCACGUACAACAUCACCGGUGGCACCAUGAAGGAAACUUUGGCCAAGGUCAAAUCCUUGCCGUUGGAGCAAGACAUCAUCCACUCCGUGGACAUGCCGAUUAAGCCUACCGGGCACUUGCGCAUUCUCCGUGGGUCUUUGGCCCCAGAGGGUGCCGUUGCCAAGAUCACCGGGAAGGAGGGCACCUACUUCAAGGGUACUGCCAGAGCCUUUGACGAUGAGGAAACCUUCAUCAAGGCCUUGGAGAACGGUGAGAUCAAGAAGGGCGAAAAGACCGUGGUGAUCAUCAGAUACCAGGGGCCAAAGGGUGGUCCGGGGAUGCCAGAGAUGUUAAAGCCAUCCUCUGCCUUGAUGGGCUACGGGUUGGGUAAGGACGUGUCUCUUUUAACCGACGGCAGGUUCUCCGGUGGUUCCCACGGUUUCUUGAUCGGCCACAUCGUUCCAGAAGCCGCCGAAGGUGGUCCGAUCGGUUUAGUCCAGGAUGGUGACGAGAUUAUUAUUGAUGCCGAAAAGAAUGUCAUUGAUUUGUUGGUGUCUGAGGAGGUUUUGGCUGAGAGAAGAGCCAAAUGGACCGCUCCUGAACCUUUCUACAAGAGCGGUACUUUGUUCAAAUACCGCAAGUUGUAUCCAUUACCUGCUAGAUAUACCAUAUCACAUUUAUUUGAGUGGUAUUUUUAA